UAAUUACUGCAGUGAUGAAAAAUAUGAGACAGUCUCUUUUGUACACAUACGUUACAUACAAUAUUUUAUGUUAAGUUUGAAAUAUAAGCAUAGUCCUAUAUAGCAAUGUACAUCCGUACAGCAGCCUUGAACUAUGCUCUAAUGAGCAGUAAACUUCUAGAGGUUAAUGUCUGUACAGUGCUGGGUGGAGUUAACUAAGACGACCAUUUCGAAACCAUCAUUGUUUUGCAGAAAUGGAAGCUGAUACAGUUAAAAACAUCAGGUCCAGCUUUGUGGACAAGGCCUCCAAAGAACUAAUAAAGCAGCUUCUGGAUGAUCUCCUGGAGGACGACAUCAUUAAUGAUGGGGAGAAGGACUCCAUACUGGAGGAGAACAAAACCCGAGCAGACAUGGCCCGAGCUCUCAUUGAUGCAGUGUGGAGGAAAGGAAAUGAAGCCAGCAGGCUGAUGAUAACUCACUUUCGCCAGAGAGAUCCUACUCUCUCUGCUGAGCUGAAUCUGUAACACCUCGGAGCAGCUGCUACGACUCUGGAGGAAAAGUGUCUAUUCAUCCCAGCUGCUGAUGCCCUGCAGAUUGAAGAGAGCAAUAUUUGUUUACAAGGAAAUGUCAUGUUGUUUCAAACCAAUAUGAUCGUGUUGCAAUAUCUUUCAUUUUCCUAAUGAUUUUAAAAUAGACAGACCACAUUUUUAAAUCAAGUUGUUCAGCUGACUGACACAAUGAAAAAAAUAAACUGAUAAAUGUUUAGAUAAAAUCUAAAUGCACUUCUGAAAAUGAUUAAAUGGUUUUCUUGAAAUGAACAAAUAUGUGUAGUUAUAGUUGUGAUAAAGGUACAUUCACUUACAGUAUAUUUCAAUCAGAGGUCUGUGGCUACUAUUUCUAAUAUAAAUCAGAAAAAUGGGUUUCCUUUAUGCUUUAUCGUU